UUAAACCACCAAGGCCAUGGCUUCCCAAAUCUUGCUUUUAUCCAUACCUUUGUUGUUUAUUUCUGUAAUUGCUUAUGCUUCCUUCUUUACUUAUUUUGCUUGCUCAGCUACUGGAGCUGAAGUAGCAAAUGGAAGGAAACAAGCAGAAGCUCUUCUAAAAUGGAAAGUCAGUCUUGACAACCAAAGCCAGUCUCUCUUGUCUUCAUGGAAAGGAGACAGGCCUUGCAACUGGGUAGGAAUCCGUUGCGACACGUCUGGUGUUGUCACCAACAUAAGUCUGUCUCAUUAUAGGUUGAGAGGUACGCUUAAUAGUCUCAGAUUCUCUUCCUUUCCUAACUUGAUUGAGCUUAUCCUUCGCAACAACUCGCUCUACGGGUCAGUUCCUUCCCAUAUAGGUAACCUUUCCAACCUCAUCAUCCUUGACUUGUCUUUAAAUAGCAUUUCUGGCAACAUACCACCAGAAGUUGGAAAAUUGGUAUCUCUUUAUUUGCUUAGUUUUUCAAAAAACAACCUUAGUGGUGUUCUUCCUACGUCCAUAGGAAACUUAAGCAACUUGUCUUUUCUUUACCUUUACGAAAACAAACUCUCUGGUUUCAUACCUUGGGAAGUAGGAAUGCUUGAACAUCUAUCUACCCUUCAUUUGGCCGAUAAUAAUUUUGAAGGUCCAAUCCCUGCUUCCAUAGGAAAUAUGAAAUCUCUCACCAGUUUAGAUUUGACAUCUAAUUAUCUAACUGGUGCAAUACCAACAUCUCUAGGCAAUUUAAGAAGCUUAUCUGCACUUUCCCUUGGGAAGAACAAUCUUUCUGGUCCCGUUCCUCCAGAAAUGAACAAUCUUACACAUUUGUCUUUUUUACAAAUAGGUUCUAAUAGAUUGUCUGGAAAUCUACCACAAGAUGUGUGCCUUGGUGGAUUGCUUUCAUAUUUUGGUGCGAUGGACAAUUAUUUCACGGGACCUAUCCCGAAAAGCUUGAAAAAUUGCAGCCGUUUGGUGAGACUCAGACUUGAGAGAAACCAACUUAAUGGAAACAUAUCUGAAGCUUUUGGCACACAUCCCCAUUUGUACUACAUCGAUUUGAGUGAUAAUGAAUUGCAUGGUGAACUUUCAUGGAAAUGGGAGCAGUUUAACAAUCUGACAACUUUCAGAAUUUCUGGAAACAAAAUAUCUGGAGAAAUACCAGCUGCUCUUGGAAAGGCAACUCGUCUACAAGCUCUUGACCUUUCAUCAAAUCAACUAGUUGGGAGAAUUCCAAAAGAAUUGGGAAAUUUAAAGUUGAUUAAACUUGAACUCAACGAUAACAAACUUUCAGGUGAUAUUCCAUUCGAUGUCGCAUCGCUAUCUGAUCUCGAAAGGCUUGGCCUGGCCGCGAACAAUUUUAGUGCAACGAUUCUUAAACAGCUUAGCAAGUGCUCAAAACUGAUAUUCUUGAAUAUGAGCAAGAAUAGAUUCACAGGGAUUAUUCCUGCUGAGACGGGGUCUUUACAGUACUCUCUUCAAAGUCUUGAUCUCAGUUGGAAUUCCCUGAUGGGAGAUAUAGCGCCAGAGCUUGGACAGCUGCAGCGGCUAGAGGUUUUAAACCUCUCCCAUAAUAUGCUGUCUGGUCUCAUUCCAACCAGUUUUAGUAAACUGCAAAGCCUCACUAAAGUGGAUGUAUCCUAUAACAAGUUAGAGGGUCCCAUCCCAGACAUCAAAGCCUUUCGUGAGGCACCAUUUGAAGCAAUUCGUAACAACACCAACCUGUGUGGCAAUGCUACUGGUUUGGAGGCUUGUGCAGCUCUCAUGAAAAACAAAACUGUGCACAAGAAGGGCCCCAAAGUUGUCUUUUUUACUGUAUUUUCUCUGCUGGGUGGUUUGUUGGGCCUGAUGGUAGCUUUUCUUAUCUUUUUCCAAAGAAGAAGAAAGCAAAGGUUAAUGGAAACACCACAAAGAGAUGUUCCCGCGAGAUGGUGCCCUGGUGGGGAACUGCGCUACGAGGACAUCAUUGAGGCUACUGAGGAAUUCAACUCCAAAUAUUGCAUUGGUACAGGAGGGUAUGGAGUAGUUUACAAAGCUGUACUUCCAUCAGAACAAGUCCUUGCCGUGAAGAAGUUUCACCAAACAGCAGAAGUUGAGAUGACCACCUUGAAAGCUUUUAGAAGCGAGAUUGAUGUCUUAAUGUGUAUACGGCAUCGAAAUAUUGUGAAGCUGUAUGGUUUCUGCUCGCAUGCCAAACACUCAUUUUUGGUAUAUGAAUUUGUGGAAAGGGGAAGUUUAAGAAAGGUAUUGAACGACGAGGAACAAGCAGCAAAGAUGGAUUGGGAUAAAAGGAUAAACCUUAUCAAAGGCGUUGCCAAUGCUUUAUCCUACAUGCACCAUGACUGCUCUCCUCCGAUUAUUCAUAGAGACAUUUCCAGCAACAAUGUUCUUUUGGAUUCAGAAUAUGAGGCUCAUGUCUCUGACUUCGGCACAGCUAGGCUCUUAAUGCCUGACUCAUCCAAUUGGACAUCAUUUGCUGGCACCUUUGGGUACACAGCUCCAGAGCUGGCAUACACAAUGAAAGUGGAUGAAAAAUGUGAUGUGUAUAGCUUUGGAGUUGUAACAUUGGAAGUAAUGAUGGGAAAGCAUCCUGGCGAUUUCAUCUCAUCUCUGAUGUUAUCUGCUUCCACCUCCUCAUCAUCACCAAUCGGUUGCAAUACACUCUUGAAGGAUGUCUUAGACCAGCGCCUCCCGCCUCCUGAAAUCAAACCUGCGAAAGGUAUGGCACAUGUUGCAAAACUAGCAUUUGCUUGCUUGCAGACCGAUCCCCAUCAUCGGCCAACAAUGCGACAAGUUUCUACAGAGCUUACAACUCGUUGGCCUCCAUUGCCAAAGCUAUUCAGCACGAUGGAAUUGGAAGAUAUACUGUUUCACAGAAAUGUUAUUGGCUGAAUUUUUACAGUAUACCUGGCCGUCUUGUGAAAAACAACUUGUCAAGUCAUCGCCAAUGGCUCAGCUGGCAAUAGCGUCCCCGUCCCCUCAAGAGGAGUUAUUGUCUGUGUUAGAUAUUUCGUCCAAAGCUUCAUUUUAGAUGAACUUGGUGAAUGUCAUGAAUCUUGUAAUUUAUUACCUUCAUUUGUAUCAAUGACCUUCCUGCUA